AUGCAGAACCUAAAGCUAGAGAGGGAAACAAUAAAAGGAUCCCUGAAAAAAGUUUUUAAAGAAAUUGAAGAGGUGAAUCCCAGUGACGAGAAGACAAUACAAAGACUCCUGCAACAAGUUGAUGAUAAAGCAGAGCGAGUAUUUCUUCUAGACAACAGCAUAAAAGACAUUCUAUUCGCAGAAGAAACCAGCACGGAAGAAAUUAGCAAGGAAUUAAAUGAUGAAGAAAACUUUCGUGACGAGGUAGGAAAAUUUAGAAUAGAAUACCUUCCAAACGAAGACAAGUUCCAAUACCUGAUCCAGUCAACAGAAGAUGGCACGCCAGCCAGAAGCCUUGUCGAAAGCUUCCCACCUUCCGCUGAAAAUUAUAAAAUAGCCAUUGACCAACUGAAAAAUAGAUUCGCAAGGGACGAAAUUUUAAUUGAGGUAUACGUUAGGGAGUUAUUAAAUUUAAUUCUAAAUCAACAAACCUCAAAGGAGGACCCAGGUAUGGCUUUAUCUACUUUGUAUGAUAGGUUGGAGACUCAGCUUAGGGCUUUGGGAACACUAGGUGUUACUAGCGACAAGUAUGCAGCGAUGCUUUUGCCACUUGUUGAAUCCGCGCUACCUUAUGAGUUGCUUAAAAUUUGGGAAAGAAAUAGGGCUUCUAAUAAUUUAAAAUUUAAUAAUGAGUUGCAGGGUCUACUAGAGUUCCUGAAAACAGAAGUGGAGGCCGAAGAGCGUGUAAAACUUGCUCAGUCUAGUUUCACAGUUCCAAAAAGUAUUGACGAUAAGUAUACUGUAGAAACCUUACAUACAGAGAGUUUAAAAACCAAGGGUAAGCAAAAGUUUUCUUGUAUUUUUUGCGAAAGCAAUACACAUGCCAGUCAGGACUGCAUUAAAGCUCAGAAAAUGACUUUAGAGCAGAAAAAAUCAAUUAUAAGUAAAAAACGGAGUUGUUUUUCAUGUUUAAAGCAGUUUCACAAUUUUCGGACAUGCAAAACAACUGUCAAAUGUAUAAAAUGCGCUCGCAAGCAUUUUACAUUAAUGUGUCCUGAUUUGCAUGAAAAAGAAAACAAAAAUAGAGAUUUGCAAAAAUCAGAAUCUUUCGAAAAUACAUUAACAACUGUCGCUUCUGAAACUUUACUGCAAACGAUCAAUGUUAGGGUUAUUUCUGAUAAUAAAAGGUCAAUGACAGUAAGGGCACUGCUAGAUUCGGGUUCGCAACGUUCCUAUAUAACUACAAAAUGCGCGGAAGAUUUAGGGUUAACUAAAAUUGGACAAGAAAAUAUAGUUCAAGGUGUUUUUGGUGGGUUGCCGGGAGCUCCAAAGAUUCAUCGUUUGUUUAAGGCAGGUAUAGAAAAUUUAGAAAAUUCAUUCAGCAUAAGGUUAUCUUUACUGGAACAAUCUAAAAUUUGCAAUUACGUUCCAAAACUAAUUGACCAAAAGGUCCUAGAUUUAUUAAAAGAUAAAAAUAUUUAUAUAAAUGAUUCUGCUUCUAAAGAAUUAGAGGUUAAUUUAUUAAUAGGGGCAGACAUGUUUGGUCACAUCAUAACGGGAAACUUGGUAAACACAAAUGAUUCUUUAGUAGCUUUGGAAACCAAGUUUGGUUGGACCGUUAUGGGGACACAAAAAAGUAAUAAUAAAAUAAACACGUUUGUAUCAACUUAUUUUACUGACUCAUUGAGUACUUUAUGGAGUUUAGAUGUUCUGGGUAUAAAAGAUCCAGCAGAGACGAAAUGUCGAGAAGAGUUAGACAUUCGCACAUUAGAAAAAUUUAAAGAAAGCACUGUGGUAAAUAGUAAAAAUAGAUAUGAAAUUUGUUUACCAUGGGCAGAAGGUUAUCCGGCUAUAACCUCUAAUUUUAAUUUAGCUGAAAAGCGACUUUUUUCUACCACAAAACGGUUAAUUUCUCUGAACAAGCUUACAGAGUAUGACAAUAUAUUUCAAGAUUGGGAAAAUACAGGAAUCAUUGAAGAAGUAGAAGAAGAGCCGUUGAAAAAGAAUACGCACUACUUGGCACAUCACGCAGUUGUCAAAGAGUCCAGUUUAACUACGAAGAUCCGACCAGUGUUUGAUGCAUCAGCUAAAGAUGGUAACGGUAAUUCUCUUAAUGAUUUACUAGAAAAGGGUCCGAAUCUAAUUGAGCUAAUAAUACCUUUAAUUUUAAAGUUCAGGUUACAUAAAAUUGGGGUAACGUCAGACAUAGCGAAGGCAUUUUUGCAGAUAAGCAUUUCAGAGAAAGAUAGGGAUUUUUUACGAUUUUUGUGGUGGAAAAACUAUGAAAAAAGAGAAAUAAAAAUAUUUAGACAUUGUAGAGUAGUUUCUGGGCUAAAACCAAGUCCGUUUCUUUUAGCAGCAACAGUUAAUUUGCAUUUAGAAAAGGAAAAAACAUACACAGAAACAGCUAAUCAACUUCUUAACGCAUUUUACGUAGACAAUUGUGUUUCUAGCGUUAGGAAUGAAACAGAACUUAAAAAAUUACCUGACGAUAUCAAUAAACGUUUCGAAAUUUGGUUAAAAAGUGUUAAAUGUCUCAAUUUUUGUAACAUACAUAGAUAUUUAGCAUAUCCAGAAGAAGAGAACCUAAUAAUAAAUAAAACUCUUCACGUUUUCGUUGACGCUAGUAAAUACGCUUAUGCCGCUUGCGUUUUUAUUAGGCUAGAAUUUCAAAAUUCAAUUUCAAUUAAACUUUUGUUAGCAAAAUCACGUUUAAGUCCAGUUAAAACGAUUACUCUCCCUAGGUUAGAAUUAAUGGCUGCUGUGAUAGGUGUUAGGUUAUUAGAAACUGUUAAAGAAGUAACAGACUUUACAGAGCUUAAAACGUACUACUGGAGUGAUUCGAUGGUUGUCUUAACCUGGAUUAAAACAAAGGGUCUUUGGAAUACUUUUGUAGGAAACCGGGUAAAAGAGAUUAAAAAAUAUUCUGCAGUAGAUCAGUGGCGCCACGUGCCAGGUGAUAUGAAUAUUGCAGACGUUUUAUCACGAGGAUGUAGCGGGAAACAACUUUUGGAAAAACAAUGGUGGAAGGGCCCUCAAUGGUUCAAAGAACCAGAAAAUAUGUGGCCAAAAGGAGAAGUUGGUGAUGUAGUAAUGGUUGGUUCCGACAACGUCAAAAGAAUAAACUGGCCCAUGGGCAAAAUCAUUGAAGUAUAUUCUGGGCAAGAUGGCAUCCAAAGGGUCGCAAAAGUAAAGACAAAAAAUGGUGUAUUGGUUCGUCCAUGUCUACGACUAUAUAGAGUUGAACUACCUAUCAAUGAUAUUCAAGAAAAUUUAAGAAAAGACAAAGAAGAAUCAACAGAACAAGAUAAGUCAGAAAAGGGUAAAAAGUCAAGGUAUGGAAGAACAUUGAAGAUUCCACAUAGAUUCACUGCCGCCUGA